ACACAUACCAUACCAACACCACAUACCCCCUCCAACUCCACACACACACAGAGCUUAGAUUGUUCAACAGGAAGAGUAGAAUAAGCACUCAGAAGAAGAACAAACCAAACUCAAGUGCCCAGAUCAGACUCAGAGAGAAUUCAGAUAGUAGUGAUGGAGAAGAGCAGUGAUGGUUUUGUGCGGGCAGAUCAGAUUGACCUCAAGAGCCUCGACGAGCAGCUGGAGCGGCACCUUAACCGGGUCUGGACCAUGGAGAAGAACAAGCAGCCGCCGUCCCCGCAGCCGCCCAAGACUGUCCACCACCGCCGCCAAGAUUCCGACCCACCUGCCACCACCACCAGCGGCAGCCCGAGGCAGCGCCCCGACUGGGAGAUCGACCCCUCUAAGCUCCUAAUCAAGGGGGUCAUUGCCCGCGGCACCUUCGGCACCGUCCACCGCGGCAUCUACGACGGCCAAGAUGUUGCCGUGAAACUUCUGGACUGGGGUGAAGAGGGUCACCGAUCCGAAGCUGAAAUCGCAUCACUGAGAGCAGCUUUUAUACAGGAAGUUGUGGUGUGGCAUAAGCUUGAUCAUCCCAACGUAACAAAGUUUAUUGGGGCAACAAUGGGCUCUUCAGGGCUGAACAUACAAACAGAAAAUGGUCAAAUGGGCAUGCCAAGUAAUGUUUGUUGUGUUGUUGUGGAAUAUCUUCCUGGCGGUGCCUUGAAAUCUUACCUUAUAAAGAAUAGGAGAAGGAAACUGGCUUUCAAAGUAGUUGUCCAGAUGGCACUCGAUCUUGCUAGAGGGUUGAGUUACCUCCACUCUCAAAAGAUUGUUCACAGAGAUGUAAAGACUGAGAACAUGCUAUUAGACAAGACACGCACAGUAAAAAUUGCUGAUUUUGGAGUUGCUCGUGUUGAGGCUUCAAAUCCUAACGAUAUGACUGGAGAGACCGGGACUCUUGGUUACAUGGCUCCUGAGGUCCUAAAUGGCAACCCCUAUAAUAGAAGAUGUGAUGUCUACAGUUUUGGCAUCUGUUUGUGGGAGAUCUAUUGCUGCGACAUGCCAUAUCCAGACCUUAGUUUCUCUGAAGUGACUUCUGCUGUGGUCCGUCAGAAUCUGAGACCAGAGAUACCAAGAUGUUGUCCAAGUUCUCUGGCAAAUGUAAUGAAACGAUGCUGGGAUGCCAACCCCGAUAAGAGGCCGGAGAUGGACGAGGUAGUCUCCAUGCUAGAGGCCAUCGACACAUCAAAAGGUGGAGGCAUGAUUCCUGUCGAUCAUCCUCAAGGUUGUCUCUGCUUCCGCAAGUACCGAGGACCUUAAACAUACAAUUGGACCUUGACCUUAUAAUUAAGCAACCACAAAUCACACUUCCAUGUCCUAAAGAUCCAUAUUUGUACCUUUUGAGGAAAAAAUCAAUUGGGAUUCCAGAGCUGUUGAUGGGGCUGGAUAUAGGAGGAGCUCUGCAACAUCUCUCCUUGUUGAAUGGCUAUAAAUUAAAGCUUUUCUUUUGCUAAUCUUCUUGGCUUAUUUUCUUAUGUUGAGCUUCCAAAUAUGUGUAUUCCAUUGACUAGCUUGCUGGCUCUACACCUCUUCUGUAAGAUGUCUCUCUUGAUAAACUAGCAUCAAAUUCAGAUGACUAGAGUUUACAUAUGAAACUAGGUAUGUGCUCUCUCUCUACAUAUAUAUGAUAUACCUUUGGGUCAUGGGACCCUUUCGUACUGCAA